AUGAAUCGCACCUCCCGGACUGACGAACCCUAUGAAGGGGAACAAAAAGGCUACAAUCAAAGUCCCAACCCUCUCUCUGCUGACUUGACCACUAAUCAAGAUCUGAAAGGUACUGUUGACGGAAGGACUGUAAGACGUGGUACCCAGAGCCCGUCGCUCUACAACUCUGCCUUGGACGACGACAUACGACAGACGUUGGAUCCAGAUGCUGGUUCGAGUGGUGCCCGAGGAUCUGAGUUGGUUAAUAAAGACGUUAGCCAGCUCAUGGGAAGCGAGGUCGAGCAGGCUGCUCAGUCCCCCUUCCCUCACUCGCCCCCCUCCAACUCGGCUAGCGGAUUGGGCGGGGAUGAAGGCGGUACCCUUUCAUGGGGAAACCGUCUAAAGAACGGCAUCAUCAAGUUUUGCUCCUUCAUCGGGCCAGGCUUUUUGAUCGCUGUCGCUUAUACUGCUGGGGCUACGUAUCAAUUCAAGCUGCUCUUUGUAGUCCUCAUGGCCAAUCUUUUCGCUAUAUUCCUUCAGACUCUUUGCAUCAAACUAGGCACAGUUUCGGGGCUCAAUCUCGCCCAGGCUUGUAGAGCUUUCCUUCCACGAUGGGCCAACUUCGGCCUCUACUUCUUCGCCGAGGUUGCCAUUAUCGCUACCGAUAUCGCCGAGGUGAUUGGUUUUGCUAUCGCCUUGAACCUUCUCAUCCCUGCCAUUCCCCUGGUAGCUGGAUGUGCCAUUUCAAUCCUUGAUGUCAUGCUCAUUCUCCUUUUCUACCAGCCACACGGAUCCAUGAAAGGGCUCAGAGUCUUUGAGUCCUUCAUUGUCCUGCUGGUACUUGGCGUCGUGAUUUGCUUCUGUAUUCAGCUAUCUCUUAUCCAGGAAACAAACGUUGGUAGCAUCUUCAGAGGCUACCUGCCGUCCAGUGCCAUUACUGAGCAAAAAGGGCUUUACCAGGCUUGUGGUAUUCUAGGGGCGACAGUCAUGCCUCAUAGUCUCUAUCUCGGCUCAGGCAUAGUUCAGCCACGUCUACGAUCCUUCGAUGCUAAGCAUGAUCUUCUACCAGAGAAUAUUCAGUCGCCUUCGAAUGACAGUAAUGACAUAAAUAAGGGCUACUAUAUCCCAUCCCUGAGAGCUAUUCGACACUGCUACAGAGCCUCUGCGAUCGAACUGGCCAUCGCGCUGUUCACUUUUGCAUUGUUUGUCAACUCAUCUAUCGUAAUCGUGUCGGGUGUCUCACUUCAUAAUAAGCCGGACGCAUCUGAGGCAGACAUAUUCAGUAUCCACAAGUUGCUCUCUGAAUCUAUAUCCUCUGUGGCAGGGACCAUCUUCGCCCUUGCGCUGCUAUUAUCUGGAGUCUCGGCCGGCAUUGUAUGUACGAUCACCGGGCAGAUGGUCUCCGAGGGAGCGCUGAAUUGGAGGCUUCGGCCCUGGCUCCGCCGCUUGGUCACCCGAGGUAUCAGCAUCAUACCCAGCGUCGUCAUCGCCGCGGCCGUCGGUCGAUCUGGCUUGAACGACGCCCUCAACGCCUCGCAAGUCGUCUUGAGCAUCAUACUACCAUUUGUGUCUGCACCGCUCAUUUACUUCACAUGCUUGAACAAAUACAUGACGGUUAAGCCCGGCGGGGCUGGGUUUGGCACGAAUUGUGACCGAGAGACUACCCGCAAUCGUAAUGAGGAGGCUCUGGCGCGAGACGAGAUAGGCAGUGUGAAAAUGGCCAACUCGUGGUUAACCGCAGCCUUUGCAGUGCUGCUGUGGUUGGUCAUCACGGUGCUUAAUGUGGCAAACCUGGUCUUGUUGGGCCUUAAAGACGCCUGUUCAACACGGCGCGACAAGGCUACAUAA